UCUGCCGGCAGCGAAUGGUGCGCCGCGGUGCUCGCGCGCUGCCACAUGGAAUAACUAUUGAAGCACGGCAGUGAAAGACAAAUGGACCACCAAAACAAAGGACGCUCAGAGGGGAAAUGUAAACAGCGUUCAUAUUAAUCCGUGGAAGCGUUUGAGGAUUUAUUUUUGUUUCACUCCCGUAAAAGGAUGACAAUAACACAAUAGUGUUGGCAACCUGUAAUUGCUUCAGUCCCCACACACUGGAUCUCACAGCAUCCCGACAAGAAAGAUGAGGAUCCAGGGGCAGCCUGAGGGCGCACGGCGGCGUCUGGAUUUAAAUGCGGUCGGUGAGCUGAGGGGCGUGGAGGUCACCCGUGGUCGAGCCGGAUAUGGUUUUACUAUUUCGGGACAGAGGCCAUGUCUGUUGAGCGGCAUCCUGGAGGGAAGCCCUGCUGACCUGGUGGGACUCAAACAGGGGGAUCACAUAAUGGCCAUCGAUGGCAACGACGUGUCCACUGCUUUGCACGAGACUGUGGUGCAGUUGAUUGGCAGCUGCAAAGGAACCUUGCAGUUGGUGGUGCAUGCUGCAAGCCGAAUCAUGGGGAACCCCAUUCUUACUGAUGCAAAAUUUGGGAUUGUCCCGAAAAGUGGUAUUUUCAAAAAGGCGGGUGUUCUCCGCACUAUCUCGCAUGAUUCAAGCAAUUCCUCCUUUAACUCAAGUCCUGCUAGCAGCACCAAACAGAGGCCGGUGUCCGAGCCUGAUAUGUCGCAAUGGUCCCAGUGGAGCGGACACCAGUGGAACUCUUUAGCUGAGCAGCGACGGGAGGAACCCUGCAGAGCCGGGGACCGAGACUCUGCGUUUACAGACACAGAAGAAGCUCAUUCAGACUGGGCCAUGUUCAACAUGACCUUGGUGGUGGGCUAUCUGAGCUCCACAGAGCUGAUUUUAAAUAUUGCAGAAUCAGAUGAGGACUGUUUGAAAGCCAUUCGGGAGCGAAUCCGAUUGUUGGGAACAGAGCAGAGUACCCACACUCUGGUGAUGAUGAAGAUCAUGUUUGACUGCAUCCGACUUUGUGACGACGCAGGAGCUGUUUUGGCAGCGUUGCCUGCUGAGAACCUGGUUUUAGGGGCCGUGUGUGCUGAAGACCCACGUUUUUUAUGCCUUGUCACUACUGCACAUAUAAUCAAUGGCCGUGUACCCGAGGAUGGUCCUCUGCGGGCCUCCUGCCAUGUUUUCUUCAUCGACCCAGAGCUGGGAACUCACGAGGACCAUAUAGGCAUUGCCGGACGCUUUGGCUUUGACUGCACUCCAGAUCCAGAUGCCUUGGGCUGCGUGGAAUUCCCUCAGACUCCCCAAGAUGUUCUUCACUUUGUCACAGUGCUGUACAGUGACAUGGGGGCGGCUGUGGAGAGGCUUCGAGUUAAACUGGACAUGGAGACUCAGCAGCAAGCCAAGGAGAUCGGCAGCAGGGGAAAACAAGGCAGCGCCAGCAGCAAUGGGGACAGUGGAAUUGGAAAUGCGUCCCCCCCUGAGGAGAGAGCGGACAGGGAUUUCCCCUCUGCCGUCCAAAACCACCCUGGAGCCCACCUCCCCAGCUGUCCAUGGGAUUAUCCCCGGGCUGAAGACCUCACCCCAAUAAAUCUCUCCAAGAGCGGGCAAAAACUGAAUCCCGAGAACAGUGCCGGCACACAUUCCCUUUCAGAGUCACUACCUGGCCCUGAUUCUCUUCAUAGCUUUUAUGGAGGUCCUCCACCCAGGCUCGAGUUCCAGUUUAAGCCCCCACCGCCUCCCCUGCCUUUGAGUAAAAAAGCUAACUCCUUAGGAGACCCUCUCAGAGGUAGCCAAAGGUGGUUCUCAAAGCCAAAGUGGUCUAAGGCACUAAGCGGUGAUCCUGUGCCCCCGGUGACCAACAACUGGUCCUCCAGCCUCGGUCUGAGCACCGGCACAAAUAACCUGCCUCCCCCCAUGAACCAGAUCCCCUCAGACAGGUACUGCUCAGCAGAGGUCAUGAUGCUUCCCCCCCGACAGGAAUGGACCAGAAGGUUUCUUGAACAAAGAGAGCAACAGCGGAAAGAAUGCGGUACCAAAAAUGGCUCCAGGUUUUGGGGUAUGGGUGUUACGCGUUCCUCCAAGCGCCGCUCUUGCAAACGAAUGAGCUUGGCACGAUCACUGGAUGACCUUGAGUCUGCUGCUUCCUCCGAUGGCGACUACAGUGGAGUCCAGUUGCAGGGAUGCUGCAGCCAGAGCAGCCUGAACAGUAAUGGCAGUCUCCCAGGAGCAGGCAGCCUUCGAGGGGUUUCGGAGCAGCGUGUGGCCAGCUGGGCCGCCUGCUUCGAACGCCUCCUCCAGGAUCCAGUGGGUGUGCGCUACUUCUCGGAAUUUCUCAAGAAAGAAUUCAGUGAGGAGAAUAUCUUGUUCUGGCAGGCCUGCGAAUACUACAGUCAUGUCCCUGCAGCUGAUAAAAAGCAGUUGUCCCAGAGAGCUGGAGAGAUCUACAACAGCUUCCUGUCCAGCAAGGCCACAAUGCCCAUCAACAUCGACAGCCAGGCCCAGCUGGCGGACGACGUCCUCACCUCCCCGCGGCCCGACAUGUUCAAGACGCAGCAGCUACAGAUCUUCAACCUGAUGAAGUUUGACAGUUAUUCCCGAUUCCUCAAGUCCUCCCUUUACCAAGAGUGCAUGUGUGCCGAGGUGGAUGGCCGAUCCCUGCCGGACCCCUACCAGAUUCCCUGCAGUCCGGCGCCCUCGAAGCACAGUGCCAGCUCUGACCGCUCUGCGCUCUCCACUCCCAAAAAGGAGGCCAGAAAGCAGAGGCCGGGGAGGUCACUGAAUGAAGACAGCAGGGACGAGAGCGCUGACAAGAAACGGGGCAUCUUCUUCUCGUGGUCACGCAACAGGAGCUUUGGGAAGGGUCCGAAGAAGAAAGACAUAGCCGACAUUAACCUCGAUUACUGGGGCAGUAAUGGGCGGAGGGAGUCCCAGGGCUCCUUGUCGUCUGGUACCAGUGUGGAGAUGGCCACUUCCUGCUCCGCUGGCAAGAUUGAGUCUGAUAAUCGCCACUCCGUAUGGGAGCGUUCGCCCAAACAUUGCAGCGUGGUGCUGCCCAACGGUUCCUGCCCUUCAAUCAGCCUUCGGCCUGGUGCCUCCAUAAGGGAAGUCCUCCAAGAGCUCUGUCAGAGCAUUAGCAUCAACAUCGCUGCUGUUGACCUCUUCCUGGUGGGAGGGGAGAAGCCUUUGGUGCUGGACCAAGACUGCCUGACCCUCAGCUCUCGAGAGUUGAGAGUGGAGAAGCGGACUUUGUUUAGAUUGGACCUGGUACCCAUUAACCGCUCCGUGGGGCUUAAAGCCAAACCUACCAAACCGGUCACUGAGGUCCUGCGCCCCGUGGUGGCCAAAUACGGCCUCCACCUCAGUGAUCUUGUGGCCAAAGUAAGCGGAGAAACUGAGCCUUUGGACCUGGGCGCCCCCAUAUCGAGCUUGGAUGGCCUUCGAGUUGUUUUGGAGCGGAUCGACCCAGCUUCAGGGAAAGACAAAUCUAAAGCCUCCUCCCUAAAAAACCACCCUCCAAGUCGAAGUUUUUCUGCCACAGGAGAUGAGAGGUCAACACCAAAGGACUUUUCUCUGAGAGCAAGUGGACCAGACUCAGCACUCCCAGGGGAAAAGAGAAAACAGAAAAAGAUUAAUAUAGAUGAAGCUGAAGAAUUCUUUGAGCUGCUGAGCCGGGCGCAGAGCACCCGAGUCAACGACCAGCGCGGACUCCUGAGCAAAGAAGACCUGGUGCUUCCCGACUUCCUGCGCCUGACUCCACCCACCUCCUCCUGCUCCGUCUCCUCUAACCUGGCCUGCUCCACCCCCGACUGCCUGAAACCGAGCCGGGAGAACGGCGUCUCCUCGCGGGUGUCCCUCACCGCCAGCCUUCGUUCGGAGAGCCUGGACUCCUCCCUCAGCUCCAGUGCCAACGGACACUCUGGGAACAGGCGGUGCCUGAUGCCCCCUCCUCGCCACCCAACUUUUGGCACCCAUCUCUCCCCCAUCCCCCGGCCCUUGGACACCCGGCCGAUCCUCCGCACCGUCGAGGAGGACGCCCACAACGACCUGACUCUGGUGGGGGAGGGCGACAUCAGCAGCCCCAACAGCACCCUGCUGCCUCCGUCGCCGUCCGUCGUGCCGUCCUUCGACAGCAGCCUGCCUGAAGCCAACUUCACCCCGCCACCACCCUGCCCUCCAUCUCAAGGCGUAGGUGGGGAGGGAAAGUCCAGUUCAGUGGGGAAAUUCUACUCUGCAUUUAACCCAUCCCUAAUAACUAAGGACGCGUCAUCGAGCCACUCUGCAUACCAGCAUCAAAACAUCACAUCCUGCGGGAAACCCCUAUUCUAUUAAAUUCUCAUCAACGACCACGACCUCGACUGCCAAACACGCGUCGGGAUCGUGUCCUCGAACUUCAGACAAGACCUGAGGCGGUUGCUGCAUGAAAAGUCCUCGGACUAUGGUUCGGGAUCUGCACCCACGCCGUUCAAGUUGUUGCAGUUGGGCUGAGGGUCCGUGUAAGGUCAGCUGUUGGAGCUCACAGGCUGUGUUUACAUCUGAACUGCACGGCAGUGAAUCACGGUCGGCAGAGAUAGGAGAGUCUGUGUGUUGAAGUUGUGUGUUUGUGUCAGCCGGGCCUCUGUGUUUAGAGUGUGAGGGGCCACAGGGUUCACAUGAGGAUGGGAGAGUUCAUCAGGCCUGCAUCCCAGAAACUCUGCUUGGUACCCGCAUGAGAGAUGGGGGGAGGGGGUGGCCUCAUGCCCAACACAUGUGGGUUUAAGGUUUUAUUAACGUGUGUCUGAUGAGGUCAUGCAGCCCUGAAUUGUUAAAAAAAAGAAGGAAAAAAAGCACAAGUGGUAAUGUUGAAAUAAACCGCAUGUGACAACAAGUCUAUGAAAUAAUACAUUUAAUCCUGUCGCCAUUUUCUUCAGUUCUUUCCCACGAUUGGCCAAGCGAGUUUGAGCUGAAGAAGUUAUGUCAUUGUUGUUUCUCCUUCUUGACAACAGCUGGAUUACACAGCUGAUGCAGUUGUCAGUUUACACACACAUGUUAAACUGAUGUGUUCAUUUGAGUUGAAAUGCAUGUGCAUCCGCGUCAUGGGGGACGGUUUCCAUCCCUUAGACCCUCUGAAGUCUCACAGUCGUGCUGAGCAUCUGGUCGUCAUGCAUUCUAACGGGCAGCACGCAGGUUCACGUGAGUCAAAGCUGCACAGAGAUGGGGAAACAUGUUUAGCAUUUAUAUUUAGUCACCAUUGUAUAUAAAAAACAAUAUAUUUGACACAAAGUUGUAAUAUGAAGAUGGGUUUGUCUGUUUUAAUUUGCUCAUUUAAAGCUGCCGUCAUCAAUAUAUUUCUAUAAACAAUGGAUUUAAUUACGACGUGGCAUGUUAAAGGGAUAGCUAUAAUAUUUAAAUGGACCACGGCAAUCCAUGCAUCGACCGGUCUUAAAUCUUCCAUGUGCGUCUCUAUCUCCCGUGCACAGAGAAAGGGACGAAGCCCAACGCUGACACCAAAGCGCCCGCCGACAGAGCCGAAGCUGCACCGGCGGUCCAGGAGGUGAUGGAUGUGGAGGGGGUUCAUCUAG